GUCGUCUUUCUUCCAGAGGCGGUAGAGGAGACGCAGGCAGACACCAGCACCACGAAGGGAAAACCCCAGAAACAACCGGAAUAAUGAAGCUGAUGCUGCCGCUGCUGGUGCUCAUUGCUUGUGCACAUGGCGUCCCCACUACUGCUGUCAAGGAAACGGAGUCCCGGUUCUCCUUUGCCCCUCUGGAUGAAGUCCGGCUCCUGGCCACCGGGCUCCUUCAGCUCGGCCGCAGCCUGCGGGACUUUGUGCAGAAGACUAAGGGCCAAAUCAACGACAUUUUCCAAAAGCUCAACGUCUUCGACCGCUCGUUCUACCAGCUCGCCACCCUGGCCAGCGAGAUCAAGGAGGAAGAGGAGGAGCUGAAGAAGACCACCGUCGUCCUCAAGGCCAACAACGACGAGAUCAAGAGCCUGUCCCAGGAGAUCAACACCAAGGUGGAGGACAUCAUCCGGGAGCGGAGCAAUCUGCAGAGCCAGGUGGGCCAUCUGGAGGAGAAAAUGAGCGGCCUGUCCCAGGGCCUUCUCUCCGCAGACCAGCUUGCGGAAAUCUCUGCUCUCAAGGAGGUCAUUCACACCCAGGAGAGAAGCAUCACAGACCUCCUGACGGCAGUGAGGGAACAAAGUGAACAGCUCAACUUCCAAAGGACCCAGAUCAAGAGCCUGGAGAAGAAGGUCAGUGACAGCAACUUUCAGGAGACUGUUUUCAAAUGGGUCUGGAGCAUGGAGACUCACAGUGUGUCUGGGUAUCUGUCAGACAACAGCACCAGUGACGACUCUCGCUGGGAUGGUCUCCCAGCCCACUGUGGUGAGGUGUAUGCCAGAGGCCACAGGAGCAGUGGCCUGUACCCCAUCAAGCCCAACCAGUCCCGGCCCUUCCUGGUGAACUGUGAAAUGACCGACAAUGGAGGUGCUACUGUCAUUCAGCACAGACAGGAUGGCUCUGUGGAUUUUGACCAGACCUGGACAAAUUAUGAAGAGGGCUUUGGUGACUUUAAAGGCGAGUCCUGGCUUGGCUUGAAGAAGAUCCAUGCCCUCGCUCAGCACAAUGACACCGUCCUGCGGAUCAUGGCCGAGGACUCCAAACAGGCCAAGUAUGUGGUGGAGUACCACCUGAUGAUGGAAGAUGCCAGCUUGGACUACGCAAUCCACCUCAGGCAAACAGACAGUGACCCAGCGGCCACUGUGGCAAACCACACAGCCAUCCGCUUCUCCACCAAGGACCACGUGAACGAUGGGCACCUGGGCUCCAGCUGUAAAAAUGACUACACAGGGGGCUGGUGGUUCAGCGCCUGCGGCGACAUCAACCUCAACGGGAGGUACACCAACGGCAAGCCGUGGGGCCGCGCCGAGCGCAGGAAGGGAACGCACCUGAAGGCCAACGCGUGGAGCUCGUUCUCACUCAAGUCCUCACAAAUCACAAUACAACAUGCGCCAAGCACACACACCCCUUCUCAGGGAACGGCUGAAUAAACAGAUUCACUGUCCUUAUUCACUGUCCCCACAUCAACCCCCCCAACCCCCCUGGCUGCUACUGAAUAUCGGAGUAGCUGCAUUAUAAAGUUCAGCUUUUAUAGCGUAGCACUCUAUAACAUAAGUCACGAAACCACUGUGUUUAUGUUAGGUUUCUAUGGUGCUAACAGGUUAGAACCUUGCAGUCUAUGAUUUUGUUAAUUUUGGAUAGCGGUCACAGAAUCAGGUUUGCUCAUGUCAAAGUGCCCUUUUUCAUCCCACCCUUUUAUAGCAGUAAGCAGUGGGCAGAGGCCUUUUGGACCCUCAACCUGAGGUCAGCCAUGGUUAACAGAGUCAGUCACAGGUUUUUCACUGAGUCACAUUGACUUUAAGAAUACACAUCCGAACUGUAUAUAUUUUGUAGCGUGUGGUGCCAUUUGUAUUGCGCUUGAAAAUAAACAGUGUUUUUAAAUAAA